CACCCAGCGCAGGCCUCUUGCACCGGCCUCGCCAGCGACCUGGGCGCACCCCCGGCUCGGCCUGGAGCAUCCGCGGCGGCUUCGAGUGCGGCUCGCGCUCACGUGGGUGCUCCAUCAUCGGUGGAGGCCAGCCUGCAAAGCAUGGAGGCGCGCCUACAGGCCUCUCUGCAGGCGGCCGUGGCGUCUGCGAGCUCGAGCAUGUCGAAGGCCUUCCAGACGGCGCUCGUCGAGAUGGCCCAGCAGAACGACGGCCGCUUCCAGGCGAUGGAGGACCGCAUCGCUCCCAUUGAGGAGAAGAUGGUGCAGGUCGACCAAAUGCAGAGAGAGAUCCAGAAACUCAAGGAGGAGUUGGUGGUGCUCAACGCGGGCGUCCCUGCGGAGCUUUCAGGCGGCAGCUGGGACAGGGCGACGGACACCGCGGUCGUCACGGUCUUCGCCAAGACCGCGCUCUCCAAGCCUGCUGUGGAGCAAGCACUGGCCCCGCUGGUGGCUGAGGCACAGCUCAAUGACCACGUGGUGCUGGAGGGCGACGCGGUCUCGCAGCGCUUCCUCCUCCGAUGCAAGGGCGCGGCAGCUCUGGCGGCCCGUCGGGUCAACAAGUUGCUGCAGCUCAUGCGCGUGGGGCAGGGCCAAUGGCGGGAGAUCCGUGCGGCGGCCCCGACGGGCGCGCAAGUCCUCCUCAAUCUGGGGAAGGAUCGGAACCGUCGUCAAGUCAGUCACGAGCUGGCCCUCAAAAGGAUCAAGCAAGGGAUCGAAGGUCUGCUCCCGCACAAGCUCUUCAUGGAGAAGGACGCGGCGGCGCUGUCGCUGCAAUGGACGCAACUGCUGCGGGUGCAGAUCGAGUCCCCUUCGGCAUGCCCCCAGGUGCUCUGGAACAUGGCGUGCAUCAGGAAGUUCAAUCUCGACAAGGUCGCGCUGGCGGAGGCGGCGGAGCGUGUGCUGCAACCCGAGGCGCAGUUCGCGUCGUGGAACACCAGGGCCUUCGCCAGCUACCAGCCGAGGCUCAUCAAGAAGAAGUUGCGUUACCUGCAGACGCACUGGCGGGGGCCAGUCGUACUUGGGAUGCAGGAGACGCACGCGGGUGAGGAGACCAUGCAGCAGCUGCUUGGUCGUGCGGCCCGAGAUGUUGUUUGCUUUGCUUCAUCACCAAUCGGAGCUCUUUCUGAUGCGGGUGGGGUAGCCACUGUCUUCCCUGCGCAGACGAGUGGCGACCGCAUCACAUACAUCCCGUUCGACGCUGUCCCUGGCCGUGCCCUCAAGGUGUCGGCCCUCAAGUCAGGCGCUGAGCUCCGCCACUGGAACGUGCACAACCACGGCUUCACAGCGGACGUGCGCACUCGUCUUCUUCAACAUAUUCAUGCUGACCUCGCCUGGGCACGCGCCAACCCUGUGGCCCGCGCCGCGGUGGUGGUGGGCGACUUCAACUACGGCGACGUCCUGGGGCAGGAAGUGUUCAGCGCACAGCCCCCUGGGCAAGCGCCGUCUGGGCCGAGGGCGCAUGCCCAGCGUGCCUGGGAGGAGGCGACGCGCUUGGCGGUGGACCUCGCUCCUGCCCGAGCGACGCACUGGCAUCAAGGUCUGCGUCGUGCUUCCAGGAUUGACAAAAUCAUGGUGAGCGUUCCCCGCUGGGCCCUCUGCCAGCUCUGGCAAUCUGCCGCAGUGUGCGGAGAGCCGAGGGAGAUGCACAUCAAUGAGGUGAGCGACCACGCGAUGGUCAUCGCGUCGGUCGCGCCGAGGGCGCUGCGGCCCCGCUCUCUGGGCCCCGCCCCCAUCCCGAGGAGAUUGGUCAUGAUGCCGCGCUACCGCGAGAUCGUGGAGCUCUACUGUGCGGAGGUGAGCUGGGACAAGCUGGCCCCCCCCGACGCGUACGCAGCGUGCGUCGCGUCCCUCCAGGCGGCGGCCGAGCUCCUGCAGACCGAGCUGCUGGCGACGAACGGCGGCGCGAAGGGCCCCAGCGCCAUGAUCUGGAGGCAACUGGCCCGAGCGGUCUGGCGCCAGGACGCUGCGCUGGCGAGGGCGGUGGUGGCGCAGAACCCCUGGGCGUAUGACGUGGUCGAACUGGGGCCGCUGGGCCAGCCGCAUCAGGUGACGCUCAAGGGGCCCGCCGCGUUCGAGCGCCGCUACAC